UCUUGUCUUCUUCCACCAUCACAUUAAAGCUCCACAGGAUCGAUGGAGGAUAAUAAUAAUGUGAACCUACCUCCUGGUUUUAGGUUCAGCCCAUCAGAUGAAGAGCUCAUUGUUCAUUUUCUACAUCGCAAGUCAUCUCUCUUACCUUGCCAUCCUGAUGUCAUUCCUGAUCUUCAUCUUCAUCCCUAUGAUCCUUGGGAUUUGGAUGGAAAAGCAAUGGCAGGAGGAAACAAAUGGUAUUUCUAUAGCAGGAGAACACAUGAGACUAGAAUCACAAGCAAUGGAUACUGGCAAUCUUUGGGAGUUGAUGAAACAAUCUGGUCAAGUUCCAACCACAAUGUGGGCAUGAAGAAACACUAUGCAUUUUACAUGGGUGAGCCACCACAAGGCCAUAAAACCAAUUGGCUGAUGCAAGAAUACAUGCAGAUCUCUGAUUCUUCACCUUCAGCAAGUAGCAGUCGAUCAUCAUCCUCUAGAAGAAGAAGUCAAACAAAAAUUGACUAUAAUAAAUGGGUAAUUUGUCGAGUAUAUGAAAGCAACAGUAACAGUGACGACAAUGAUGGCGCGGAGCUUUCCUGCUUGGAUGAAGUGUUCCUUUCACUUGAUGAUCUUGAUGAUGAUGAGAUUAGUUUGCCACAUAAUUAGCUUAAUAACAAUCAAUUAAUUAAUUAGAUCGACAAAUGAUAGAUCUAAUUAAACUGAGAGUACUUAGCUUUCUUCCCCUCUUUCUUUCUUUCUUUAAUUUCCAUUAAUUGUAGAAUUUUAGCAAGUUUAUUUGCUAAUUUCCAUAGUGAAUUAAAAUGAUGUAACAAAUUAAGAUCAAUGCAACGUCACCAUAUUUGUGACAUUUUCUCUAAUGGAUGGUAAUUCUUAU